UUUGUUAUGGGAAUAGACCGGGCAGCUGUGCGGCGUGCGGACAUCUUUGUUAAGGGAUAACGUCCAGCAACGAAAAUGGGUGGGUGGAGACUGUUACGUGAAUCCAAGUAACAAUUCGAAUCAUGGCAAGCAAGACUCGUCCGUCAGCCACUAGCUGCUGCCUUAACGCCACUGUGUGGUCAUGUAGAAGAGACGGUUGAGGCUAGAUCCAAGUGGCCUAAGGGACCUUUUCCGUCAGGGGAAGGAGCCACGACACAAGGGGGAGGAGCUACACCAGCGGGACAGUUGCCCGCGAGGGUACUUUUCGGGUACCUUGUUCGGCCGUAGCUCCUCCCCCUGGUGACGGGUCUCCUCCCCUAGGUACGUCAGAAGGUCCCUUCUCCCAUUCCGAUAUAGAAUCAACCAGAGGCAGCACAGGGUGAGACAUGGAUGGGGGCGGCUGUACCUACUAAGCUGCGGAUUGAGAAGAGCAGGAAAGGGGGAAGACAUACAGCAAACCCAGUGUUUGGGAUUACAACAGGAAAGGCUGCAACACAAACAAACAGUCUUCCUUCCUGCAUCUGCCAUUCAGGUAUCCUCUUAGGUGUCAGGAUGUCCCUGUCGAUUGUUCCUUUGAGAAGUGGAAGAAUUUAGAAGGGUAUGAGGAUCCGUUUGCAGAAACCAUGAUGGAGAAUCACCGGCCCCUCGCAUCACUGGGUGAAUCCACUAAGAUAAAUACAUGGGAAAGUUCUUCCACUUCUGACUGUGCAGAAGAGGAGGGUGAUUAUCAGGCUCAGAACCAGCGGUUUAAGAAAGAAGAGGAGGAGGAAAUCCCUAUCGAUAACGACACAGAUGGAUCCAGAAAUGAGCCAAGGAAACAGCCUAGGAUUGUUUAUUUAAAGGAUUGCAAAAUGGAAGAUGUUGAUGACCAAAAAGAUAAUGUUGUGGAGGUUAGCCCUGGAGGACUGAAUGUUCAUAUUAAAUCUGAAGUUGAGGAAGCAGAGAUUAGUGUAAAAAUGAAGGAAGAAGAAGUCCCUGUAGACAUCAACCAAGAUGACCUUUAUAGGAAAGUCUGCCCUGAUCGUGGGACAACUAUAGACUAUCAGCAAAAGCAAACUCCACCACUUCAGAAAGCUAAUAAAGCUUCAGACUGUGCCACUAAGUCUACAGUUGGUCAGAAGUUCCCGACCAUUAGUAGUAGAAAGUUGGGAGAGGCAUAUUCCUGUCCUGACUGUGGAGAUUUCUUCAUACAUAAGUCCAGUCUCGUCCUGCACCGGCAAAUUCAUUUCAGAGAAAAGUCAUAUUCUUGUUCUGAAUGUGGGAAGCAGUUUAUACAGAAGGUAUAUAACAUUCGCUACCAGAGACGUCACACAGACAAAAAGACGUAUAUAUGUUCUGAAUGCGGAAAGCUUUAUGCGCAGAAGCAACGUCUGGUCAUCCAUCAGAAGUUUCACGACGAAAAAGAACUAUUCUCCUGUCCCGAUUGCGGAGAGAACUUUAUCCGUCAGUCGCAUCUGGUCACCCACAAGAAAACUCACAAGGGUCUAAGGCGGUAUACCUGUCCUGAUUGUGGAGAUGUUUUUACGCUAAGGUCAAGUCUGGUCAUACAUCAGAAGGUUCACAGCGCCGAGAGGCCAUUGUCUAGCUGAGGAACACAACCGCGAAACCUGGGCAUACUGAAAUCUCAUUACUGAGAACAUUUAAAGAUAUGGACGCAAAUAUGAUAUAGAAACCUCUACCAAUCCUUAACAUUAUUCACAUUUUAUUCUUCUAAGUCAGAGGUUCUCAAACACGGUCCUCAAGGCACUCCAACGGUCCAGGUUUUAAGUAUAUCCAUGCUUGGCCACAGGUGACUUAAUUAGCACCUCAGUCAGUUUGAUUUAACCACUUGUGCUGAGCCAUGGAUAUACCUAAAACCUGGACUUUUGAGGUGCCUUGAGGACCGCGUUUGAGAACCUCUAGUCUAAAUAGAUGGGAUUUAGUAUUUUUAGAACCACUCUAGCUAAAACACUGACGGUCAGGUUUCCAUGUCGGGGCGACACCAGGACUGGAUGCGGCCUUAUCAGUUGCCUUGGCCUAAUGUACAGUUCUAUUUGGUAAAGGUGGAGAGAGUAUCUGUUAUGGAAAUCUGUUCUCAGAUGCCUAGUCAUGUAAAUUUUUAUAAUGUUUAAAUUAAAAUGGCUGCCUUUGUUA